CCACCUAUGCAGCUCCCUCCUGACCUGGUAAGAGGCCCCCACCCAACCCUUCCCAUUUUUCUUCAACCAUCCCUCCCUCAACCCACUCAGAAGGGCAAAUACCAGGAGAAAGUGCAGGCUGCAUUUCAACCUUGGUUGCCGCGUCCAUAGCAGGCCCUGGAGAAGCCCGAGUUGAGAUGUCUCCUCUGGCCCUCACUUCUGCUCUGAGUUGCAGAGGAAAGUUUGGAUGGAGCUCAGCAGCCUUGAAAAGAGAGGAAUUACGCCAGAUUCCCUGGGAGGGCGCGAGGCGGAAGCGGAAGUAGCGUCGCUGGCGCCGGCGGCCGGGUGGCCAGGAACGGAAGCGGAAGUGGCGGCGGCGCCGGCCUGGCCUGGCCUGGCUGAGGGGAGGCGGCGGGCGGGCGCGAUGGCGGAGGCCGGGCCACAGGCGCCGCCGCCCCCAGGUACCCCAAGCCGGCACGAGAAGAGCUUGGGACUUCUCACCACCAAGUUCGUGUCGCUUCUGCAGGAGGCUAAGGACGGCGUGCUUGACCUCAAGCUGGCAGCUGACACUCUAGCUGUGCGCCAGAAGCGACGGAUUUACGACAUUACGAACGUGCUAGAAGGUAUUGGGCUGAUUGAGAAAAAAUCCAAGAACAGCAUCCAGUGGAAGGGUGUGGGGCCCGGCUGCAAUACCCGGGAGAUUGCGGACAAGCUGAUUGAGCUCAAGGCAGAGAUCGAGGAGCUGCAGCAGCGGGAGCAAGAACUGGACCAGCACAAGGUGUGGGUGCAGCAGAGCAUCCGGAAUGUCACAGAGGACGUGCAGAACAGCAGUUUGGCCUACGUGACUCAUGAGGACAUCUGCAGAUGCUUUGCUGGGGACACCCUCCUGGCCAUCCGGGCCCCAUCAGGCACCAGCCUGGAGGUGCCCAUCCCAGAGGGCCUCAAUGGUCAGAAGAAGUACCAGAUUCACCUGAAGAGUGUGAGUGGCCCCAUCGAGGUAUUGCUGGUGAACAAGGAGGCAUGGAGCUCACCGCCCGUAGCCGUGCCAGUGCCGCCACCUGAGGAUCUGCUCCAGAGCCCCCCUCCUGUCUCUACUCCUCCGCCUCUGCCCAAGCCUGCCCUGGCCCAACCCCAGGAUUCUUCUCGCCCCAGCAGUCCCCAGAUGACCACCCCUGCUCCUGUCUCCAGCAGUACUGAAGCCCAGGUGGUGGCAGCUCCAGCAGCUGAGGUCACAGUGAGUGGUGGCCCUGGAUCUGAUAGCAAGGACAGUGGUGAGCUCAGCUCGCUCCCGAUGGGCCCGACAGUGCUGGACACACGGCCGCUGCAGUCCUCUGCCCUGUUGGACAGCAGCAGUUCAUCUGGGCCCAACAACCCUUCUACCUCCUUUGAGCCCGUCAAGGUGGACCCCACAGGUGUUUUGGAACUCCCCAAAGAGCUGUCAGAAAUCUUUGAUCCCACACGAGGACGUUUGGUUGCACUUGGUGCCUGGGCAAAAAGUAAAGUUCCUGACAGAGUGCAUGAGUUCGGAGCUGCUGGAGGAGCUGAUGUCCUCAGAAGUGUUUGCCCCCCUCCUCCGCCUUUCUCCACCCCCUGGAGACCACGAUUACAUCUACAACCUGGACGAGAGUGAAGGUGUCUGUGACCUCUUUGAUGUGCCUGUUCUCAACCUCUGACAGGAACAUGCCCUGUGUGGCUGGGACACAGACUGUCUGACCCGGGGGCUGCCUGGGGACCUCACCUCACCCCACCCCACCCCUACACAGCUUGAGAGCCACAGACCCCUGGCUUCCCCAGCCUUCCCUCACUGCACAGUUCUAGCCACACUUCCCAUUCCUGCGCCGGCAGCUGUACCGUGCUAGGAGAGAAGGGAUGGGCUCAGCCUCCUACACUGUGGAGCCAAAGUGUUUGCCUCUCCUUUUCUGGGGCCUUCUCUCACCUUAUGCCCUCCCAGAGCCCAGGCACAGCUGCCAUCCACUGGCACAGAACUGAGGACCUGCCAUAACCCCAAUAGGGCAGCUUGUCCAGCCCCACUGCUGUUUCUGCCUACACCCCCACCCCACCCCAGAGGGAAGCCUGGGGUACAGCAGGACACUUGCCGUAUCCCCCCCCAGCCUCCUUCACUUCUCCCCACCCCCUGACCCUAACAGCUCAUCCUGGACCUCUUGUGUGGCCCCCCCUUCUGAUGGGCCCUUAGCCCUCAGAACCUGUAGGUUGAGAGGAGCUGCGGACAGGAAGGAACAGGUCUCUAGCUAGGAAUCUGGGUGGGUGAGUCUGAGGAUUGGCCCAACCUCCUGCUGUCCCAAAGCCCCCACCCCCACCCCAUUUAUUCAUUUACCUUCAUUUAGAGCCAUUUGCAGAGAUUUUAGAGAGAUUUGCAGUAACGAAUGAAUUCCUAUAUAAAGAUUAUUUUUAUACUUUUUGCAGCAAAAGGAAAUUGUAAUAUUUGUACAGUGUCCAAGUGAAUAAAGGCCAUGCCUAAGGCUA